UAGGAGCCUGGUUCUCUUCAUCACCCGACCAAACCCACCGAUGCAAGACCCCCAUCCCGCCGACGAUGUGGGGUGGGGAGGAGGGGGAGUACGAGAGGAGGGACGAGGAGUGGGUAUACGGGUGUUGGUGGGCAGGGGACUGGGAGGGGGAGAGGGACGACGGGCACGGCGAGGGGUGCGGGUGGGGCAUGAUAUCUGCUUCUCCUCUCAAGCAGUGCUGAUCGUAUGGCAUUUGAAUUCUGUCAAAAUGGGAAAUGCUGCGAAAUAUGGUUGAUGUUUGUUCCAGAUCCACGAAGAAGACGUCAAGUCGUGACAUGAGCUGCAAUCAACUGUUGCCUUACAACAGCGCAUCGUGACCACCGCCAAAGGAUGCAAGAGCUAAGUGAGCUGCACAUGUUCUUGGGCGAUCGAUCAAGGCAGCGGGACAUCCUGGAGUGGAGAAACAGUGCGUGAAUCGCUGAAGCGGGUGGGUUGUUGCUGUCGAGCUCGGCAGAAAGGCGGAGUAUCCGAAGGAC